AUGUCCUCGUGUUUGACAGUUGAUUGUUUGUGCAUCGCCAUGGGAAACGUGUGGUCGAAAAACAAUAUUCUUAACGAGGAAUCGGUUCAGACUUAUGCUGAAUUGACAUACUUGACGAAAAACCAGAUACAAUAUAUCGCCAAGCUGCUCGAUAGCAUAGAGCCAGGGAUACUUUGCGAGGAUCUUCAACAUCGUUUCUCUACAGACCAAAUCGAGACGGUGUUCCCAGAAAUUCGAUGCAGUCCAUUUCGCGACUCGAUAUAUCGAGUUUUCUCCUCCAAAAAUGAUCGACACCUGUCCCUCGAAGACGUUUUGGACCUGUGCUCAGCUUUCUCUGAAAAUGCCGACGACGACACUCGUGCUGCCUGGGCAUUUUCUAUUUUCGACUUUGAUGGCGAUAAUCAAAUUUCAAUCGACGAUUUAAUCGAGGCUACGCAAAGACUAACAAGGAAUGAUCAGGAUGAUCCUGCAGUCAUCGAUAGAGAGGAGGCUGAACAUGUCGCACGAAUGGUGCUUCAAGAAAUGGUCUUCACUCAAAUAGGAAGCAUAUCAUCCGAGGAAUUCAUACGUUUCGUUUCGAGGAUCCCAGAAUUUUUGUCCACGUUUCGUUUCCGAAUUUAAUUGCACUCGUGAGAGAACCAUCGCAACAAC